AUGGCCAAGCUGAAGUUGCGCACCGGGGCAUUGAUGCCCAGUGAAGUCGAGGGUUUCUCGGUGCAGAUGCAGAAGCAAUGGGCACGAGACUUUGCAUUGCCCUUUCCGGUCUGGCCACAUCAAUCCUGGUUCAAUCUGGACCUUAUCGAGGUGAAAGACAAGCAUUGCCGGAGAUAG